GUUACACAUAAAUAUUUUUUACUUGACUUGGUUUUUAUUAUAAUUAUAAUAAUCAUUUCAUAUUCGUGGUUAUUAUUUAUGAGCAGAAGACUUAAAUCAAAAUCAAACUUCUAAGUCGUUAGCAAUCAAAUUUGGAAAGUCAUCAAAAAAGAAAUACCAAAUCAAAGAAAUUGAUCUACUCUUAUUCUAUCUAAUCUGUGAUAUAACUAUUGCAGAAUUUAAUUACAACUCCUGCCAUCGCUGUUAUUUAAUUCUAUUGUAAAUACAAAUAUAAUAAUGCAUAACAUAUUAGAAUUUCUACCAUUUUCGCAGCAUUGUUAUUUUAUUCCAUUCUAAAUUAUAAUAAUAUCGUAUGUGCACGAAAAUGAUAACGAAGACUUCAUUAUAUAUUAUAAAAAUUGAAUGAUAAAUCUGUUCUACAUUUACUCUAUGCUAAUAUUUAAUUGAAUAUAUUAUUGAGAAUAUUAUUGCAAACAUAAUAAUGAAUGAUAUAAUAAUAUUUAAAGAAAAACAUAUAAAUAUUACGGAUUCACAAGUAAAAGAUUUAUUGCAAAAUCAGAUUCAGUUAAUCAAUCAUGUUAAAAAUAAACAAAAUCAACAUUGCAAUGAAGAUGAAAUAAAAAUCAAAGAUUUAACAUUAAAAAUAACCUCUAUGCGAGAAAAUCUUCAAUCCAAAAAACAAACGUUGGAAUAUAAAAAUAAUCUUUUAUCUAAACAUUUGAAUCAUGUGACAGAGAUAAAAGAAGAAAAAGAUAAAUUUUUGAAAGAAUAUCAGCUAUUAGAAUUGCAAAGAAAUAAACUCAAAAUAUGUAAACGAAAUUUACAAGAUCAAGAAUUAUUAGAUAAAGGGAGAAGAAAAUUUUUAUUAUAUAAAGCAUUAACAGGAAUACGAUGGGAUUAUGAAAAACUUAAAGAAACUAUUACAGGAUAUGUAUUACAUAAAAAUUAUAUUCAUCAUUUUUCUUAUAUAAAUGAAGAGAAUACAAAAGAUAUAAAUAAUCUUUUAUGGCAAGAAAUAUAUCAAUCUAUAUUUCAAAAAGAGAAUAAUGAAAUGUAUAAUAAAGAAAAUAUUGUAGAAAAUAAAGAACUAUAA